ACCUUCGUCAGGACGCUGGAGGAGUGUAUGAGCUUAGCGCAGCACAAGCUGGCGCCGCACCUGCAACCUCCUGAAAGGGUCAGACGCACACAGUCCCAAUGUCUACCGCACCUCGCGUACAGCAACAGCGUACAAGCGUGACGGAUGUCCAAAAUGUUUCGUUUCCAGAUGAGAAGAUCGGUGCGGCGUGCUCAAAGAAAGCGCCGGCGGAGGUCAGCGAUCCAAGCCGCGGCGCGACCGGGCCGGCUCGGACGGUUCCGUUUACGACACUCUGUCGACGUAUAAAGGUUUGCUGGCGAACCUCAGCGGCGACUCGUCGCGCAUCCCCGAGGAGCGAGGGGGCGGGGCCAGUCCGAAGACCACGCCCACGGACACGGACACAGACCUGUCCAUCUGAAGGUCACAUAAAGAAAGAAGGCGCGUGUGUGUGGUUUGGAUUUUUGUGGUUUUUGUCUUUUGAUGGGGAAGCGCCGCCCACAAAGCCUUCGGUGCCGGAUGCGGCGGGAGCUGAGCAGGACGCCGACGCGACGCCUCACGAACGAGGUUUGUCAAAGACGACGACGACGACGAUGUUGACAUUGCCGAUGACGACGAUGCGAAAGCAAACAUUGCGUCAGGUGUGUUUGAAAAGCGAGCUGGCGCUCAGAGAUGGACGCGGCGGCGAGCGGACGACAAGCGCUCAACGGUCAGUUUUCGACUCCGCAUUUCGAUGUCUUUUUUGUGUGUUUUGUGUUUUUGUCCAACUUUGUGUGCAGGAGGCGCCGAGGAGCCACCCGCGGCACGUCCGAAGCCGCCCGAGGCUCCGGAGUCGCUGGGUCUGUCUCGCUGCGCGGGUUGCUUCAAGCGGCAAAAACACGCCGUCAAGUCAGCGGGAAGCUCAGAGGACCGCCGACGGUCGUCAUCUUCCAGCGAAGACGACGACGACGACGCGCCUGCAGGGGGAGCCGGCGAGCAGGAGGGGAUCCGCGCUCACCGGCAGAACGAGACGGGAGACGCGACGAACGGCCGGCAAGAUACGCCGCAGACGCCCGACGCCUGCAACUCUGCAAAUAUACAGGCAACCUGAAGUUGGAGAUCAGAACAACACGAGCGGAGGCUCUCAGGUUUGUACGCGGACACGCACACGCAGCAAUUUGUGUCGUAACUUGCGUGUUUGUCAGUCUGUAGAUGGCGCUCAGAGGAAGCAAAGCACUUUGGCCCCGCCCACUAUGAAAGAUCUUCACGUGAGGGCGGGGCCACACUCCGCAGGGGGGCCGGACUGUCAAUUGAGUCCAAUCUCAGCGCAGCUCUGUGACGGCUCCUGCCCGUGGACCAAUCGGAACGGGCUGGACGAAGCCAAUGGGAAUGAGGCGGGGCUUUUAGCCAAUCAGGAGAGAGGCCUGGCACAGAGCCGAAGCUCAGGUGGCAGGCUUGAAUCUUGUGUGCCCGAAGAGGAAGAAGAGGAAGAGGACAUCAAGCAUCAGAACGAAUAAUACAUUGUUGUUGUUUUUUUACUAUUUUGAAUCAAACCUACAAGGGUACUGCAGCACCCUCUAGAGGAUGGUGGCUGAUCAUGCACAUGAACAACUAAUUGCAAAUAGUCGCACGAAAUAACCAGUAACGAAAAGGUUAGCAUUUUAUAUUUGCCCACAGCAACAAUCGAGUUUAAAAAAACACACACAAUUAAAAUAAGAGCAUCCGGCAAGAGUGUCGGUGUAACGGCGCACCUUCAUUUGGGCUUUGGAAAAAAAAUCAUCUUUAAACUGUUGCGCUGUCAUCGGUGGAACUGAAAACUGCGCGAUUGCUUUACGGGCUCGACUAAUUGGUGGAGCAGCUCGUUACACGGUUUUAAUUGUGGGAAAAAAAAAUGCUAAUUUCCCCACAAAUCUAAUUUCAAAUUACACUAUCAUGGUUCCCAAAUGUCAAAAUUGCAAACUUCUUCCACAUCCUAAUUUCAAGAUUUAAAAGUCACAAAGAAUUAAUUAAUUGAUGACAUUUCAAUUCAUAGAUGUGUAUAAUUCUGACUCUUUAUAUGCCAAAUGAUUUCCUCCAUGUUGUCAAUGCGAUUGGCCGGCGACCAGUUCAGGGUCGGCUGGGAUAGACGCCACCACGCCCGAGACCCGCGUGAGGAGAACAGGUUCGGAAAACGAAGGAAGAGAUGAAGGAAACACAAAGUCUGCAUUUAGUUGAGUCCGUCUUGAAACCCUAACCCUAAUUUGAUACCCUAUUCCUCUUUUUAAAUCCUCAUUUGAAAACCCUAACCUGCAACCCUAAACACGUCUUGAUACCCUAAUUUAAACCCCUAACCCUGUUUUUUAAACACAAAUUUGAAACCCUACCCGUUUUAAAACCCUAACCCUGUCCUUGAGACCCUAAUUAAAAAGCCCAACCCCGUUUUUAAACCCUAACCUGGUCUUUCAACCCAAAUAUUUAACCCUAAACUUGUCUUGAAACCCUAAUUUAAAACACUAACCCAGUUUUGAAACCCUAACCUGGUUUUUAAUCCCAAAUUUGAAACCCUUAACAUGUCUUGAAACCCCAACUUAAAACCCUAACCCGGUUUAAAACCCUACUUUUAAACCAUAAUCCUGUCUUGAAACCCUAACCCCGUCUUGAAACAAACUGGAAACCAUAACCGUUUUUAAACUCUACUUUGACACCCUAACCCUGUCUUGUUACCCUCAUUUAAAACCCUAACCUGUUUUUUAACACACACAUUUGAAAACCUACUUUGAAACCGUAACCUUGUUUUAAUGCCCUAAUUGAAAGGCCUAACCGUUUUGAAAGUAGGGUUUAAAGACCCUAACCCUGUCUUUUGGUUUGUUUUAGAAAUUAGAGCUGUCGUAAGAGUGUUGAAAACAUGACUAUUUUCCAGACCUGUAAAUUUAUGAAAUCGAAAUUCCACACUUUCAUAGAAACUCAAACGUCAGACUCGUGCUGAGGGCGCCCCCUGCUGGCACAUUUCAUGUACUGUAGUGAGGUGAGCUCAUUCGGAGGCCGCAAAGCAAAGCAAAGGGCAGAAGUGCUUAUCCCGGUUAGGGUCGCGGGGCGCCGGAGCCCAUCCCAGCUGACUUCGGGCGAAAGGCGGACUACGCCCCGAACCGGUCGCCAGUCAGUCAAGUCCGUCGCAGGGCACAUACGGACGCGGACAACCAUUGGCGCCGUCACCGAGUGGGAACCGAACCCACGCGUCGGUGGCGAGAGUCCACGCAGACAAAAACGAAGAGAUGUUCACUUGUACUUUAUUAACCGUCAUUGACAGCAGCCGAGGGCUUCCUGGCCUUUUUUCACUGCACUGUGUUACAGAACGCAUGAGCCCCGCCCGAUCCCACCCUUGCUUCCCUUCCCUCUCUCACACAAACAUUAUGUAGUGUUGCUCACACAUUUGGCAAAUUUGUAAAAGUAAGAAAACGUAAAAACAGACCAGUUGAGUUCACAUCAAAAACUUGUUGCUGCUGUUGUUUGAACGCACAACGAGCUUCCGGUUAUCACUAGCUAGAAAAGAACAAAUCACCAUGUUACAAGUGUAUGCGCACCAGUUUGCCUUUUUGCUAUGAAAUGAUUCGACUGUCCGCGUCAUGAAUGGAAAAUGUACACAAAGAGCAAGCAAACGUCAG